AUGAGCCGCCGUGGGUGGGGUCGCGUGCUGGUGUGUGGUCGUGUUGCCGCCGACGAGGCGGGGCACGAUAUCGUGGGCGCCGGUGAGUGCCUUGCUGCACCGCAUGUAUUGCGUUCUAUGUGUCAUAUUCGUGUGCGCGAGGUUCUUACGUCCUGUGUGGCCGACCAUGCUGUGUUCUUGUCAGUGGAGGGUGACGCGUACGUGUAUGGCCGCAACCGUGAGGGCCAGUGUGGUGUGAGUGGAUCUGGAUGGCUAUACCAUGCGAGGUGUCUUGAUCGUGAGCGUGAUUUUGAGCCGCCGCUGGCUGCUGACGACGUGAUUGCGACGGGUGCCACGGGUGCGACGCACACGCUGCUCGUCACGGCUCAGGGUGCUGUGUAUGCGGCAGGCUCGCAUGAGCAUGGCGAGUGUGGCAUGCAUACACGUGAGACGCCGUUCAAGCGUGUGGAUAUGCCUUUUGGUGUAGUGCAUGCUGCGUGUGGCCGCGCGUGGAGUUUGGUCGUGACGCGUGAGGGGCAUGUCUAUGGUAUGGGCUCGUGUGAGUCGGGGGUCUUGGGCGACGGCAUGUACCGGCACACGGGCCCGAGCCGGCUGGUGUACGACUGUGUAUGGCAGCCUAUGCGUAUCGCGCCGCUUGUGAAUAUCGCGCGGGUAUCGUGUGGCGAGAGCCAUGCAGCCGCGCUGGAUCACGAGGGAUACGUCUAUGUGUGGGGAACGGCGAGUCUUUCGCGCCUUGGAUGCGGCACACAGAUGGACCAGGGCUCGCCUGUGCGCAUCCCGCAGUUUGUGCGCAAGCAGCAGCGUGUGCGGAGUGUCGUAUGUGGCCGCACCAGCACAUGGUGUGUGGACCAGGCGCACCGCCUGUGGGCGGCCGGCACAUGGCGAGCCAAGGGCGAUGGGGGACCGAACCAGUCGUUCCUGAUAUACAAGCCACUACAAGAGCUUGCCGACUAUGAUGUACACUGCGUCGCGGCCGGUGCAGAUACGUUCCAGUGCCUGGCAUCAUCGCGUGUCUGGGCGUGGGGCGAGCAGGCGUGGCAUGCCGAGCUGGGCGCGCAUACGGCGCCGCCCGUGCCAGCUGAGCUGGACAUGGUACAUGGCCUGCGUGUCGUGGGCCUGGCGAGCGGGCGGCACACGUCGUACUGGCUGGUCGAGCCGGACGACGACGGAGCGUAUGCGGACCUGGUGCGCUACCCGCCGACCGUGCCGGAGUCGUCGAGCGUGUGUAUGGUGUGCCGGCAAAGUAAUGAGGAUGACGAUGCGACGCUCCUUGAGUGCGAUCGAUGUGAGAAUCCAUACCACCUAUCUUGCCUCUCGCCGCCGCUGGAUGAGGUGCCACAGGGCGAGUGGUUCUGUGAGGCGUGUGUUGAUCGCAAAAAGCGGCGGCUGUCGUGA